AUGGCUGCCGCUGAGCAACUUGGCGGGCGGAGGGUGUGGAAUAUUCGGCAUGAAUUUGAACUUUUACAGCGAAUCAGUCAGCAGAGAGGAGAGGACAAGUACACGGACUUCACGCUGAAGUCAAAGGGGAAAGAAUUCCGUGUUCAUCGCAAUGUGCUGGCCGCCUGUAGCCCGUAUUUCGACACACUUUUCCAGACCAACAUGGUGGAACAGCAGAGCGGCACGGCGACCCUGAACUUCACAUCUGCGGAGGUUCUGGAGGAGCUGCUGGCGUACAUGUACUCCGGAGCGCUCCGGAUUCAGGAGGACACGGUGGAGGAACUCCUGAAGACGGCAGACCACCUGCUCAUGACGGAGGUCAAGGAGCUGUGCAUCCAGUACCUCCUGGAACAAUUGGACGUGUCCAACUGCCUGGCCAUGAAGGCACUGGCUCAGGUAUACAAGAGCGACAAUCUCCUCCAAGCUGCCAAUGAGACCAUCCGUAAGAACGUCCAUGCUGUGAUCGAGCGGGAGGAAACUCUAGACAUCCCUCUCGACAGCGUACAAGACCUCUUAGCAGACGACUUACUGCAGGUGGCUAAAGAAGAGGAACUGUUCGGCUUCCUGGUGGCCUGGACCAAGCGUGAUUUGCCCGCAAGAAAGGACCAUUUCCCCACCCUGUUUACACACAUUCGAUUCACAGACAUCCCUAAAGCCUACUUGGAAGAAUUCGUGAAGACGGAACAGUUGGUCAGGGAGAGUGAGGAGUGUCAGAAAUACAUCGCCGCACAGACGUCUUCAUCUGAAGAAGAAGAGUCGUCAUCUGGACGUUUGAACGCAAGGUCUGGAAAGAUGGAGGAGGUUGUCAUGGUAAUGGGCGGGGUGAGCAGGUUGCCAGGCAACGAGGACGGGACCACUGAGAUGAUGUGUUACCUGCCAAGGCAGGACACGUGGUGCCAGCUGUGUCCUCUGAACUACGCGGUUACGUUUAACGCGAUAGCGGCCUUGAACGGGAAGGUUUACGUGGCCGGAGGGCGAUUGUGGCCCGAGAAUCGCGUGACUUCUUUCGUUUCCUGCUUCUCUGUGAUCGAGAACUCCUGGACCAGGGUACGCAACAUGAGUGCCAAGAGAGCGAACUUCGCCCUGGUGCCAUGCGGUGGCUGCUUGUACGCCAUCGGUGGGAAGAGCGAGAGGAUGUUCCUCGGUGGGUCCAUCGGCGAAGUGCCCGUGACGACGGUAGAACGCUAUAACGAGGCCAAUCACACCUGGUCUUACAUCCCGUCCAUGAACAAAGUCUGCAGCGAUGUGGAGGCAGUUGCGACAAACGAUCACAUCUACCUCACGUUUGGGAAGGACGGGAAUGGUACAAACAUCGCUGGCAACGGCCAGCUACCCUACUACAAUGUGAAGACAAACGUCUGGGGUAAACUGUCGGCGACGUGCCCAGUUUCAAUGAGCAGGGGGGCGGACGAUGAAAAUCAGGCCAUGGUAUCCUAUCUCAGGGACAACAAGAUCCAUUUUUUGGGUGUCUUGGAUAGCGACACCUUCGAAGGAUUCUACCAGUACUACGACAUUGCCGCAGACCAGUGGACAGCAGUGACCAUCAGUUGGCCGGAGAUCAUCCUGCCAAGCAAGACACUCUACACACCUGUCCACAAUGGGAGCAUCUUUAUAUGCAGUGCUCCUUUCGUCCACAGUAGUACAGACAAUUCUAAGACGUACUACCCUGGACACAUGCUGACUCUGAAAGACAAACUGAAAAGUUUAGAGAGCACACGUACAACAAUGGGGGUGUCUUCAGUCCGACCUGCACCGACUUCUUCAGUGUGUCAUCUUGACAUCCCUCAGAAACACCUGAGUGCCUUCGCAAAAGAUGUGACCAUGACGGUGACAGUGCAUUAAUUGGUUUUGCAAUAAUGGUACAAUAUUGUGAUGCUUUUUGCUGCAAUCUUUGUGACUUACUGUCGUGAAUUACUUUUGCAAACAAAGGUCUCAGAUUCAAUUGAAUUUCCAAUUUCUAUAUGGAGCAGUUUUCUGAUCAGAAUCGAUGCAAGACAUAUGAAACAUUGAUUUAAAGGAACAAUUGGCAAAGACAUGUAAGGAAUACAGAAUCCAAGCUUGCCAUUUUUUGAGCUACAGAAGACUACUAUUGCAUUAAAGAACUUUUGGCUAUGGAAAAUGGUUCUGUGUUAUUUCUGACCUAUGAUCCAGGGGACAAAUGAUUUCUGUUAUGUAUAUAGAGCCUCAAUACUGGGUAUGCAUACACAAUA